AAAAAGGUUAUCUAUAAAAGUAUGUGAUGGAAAUUGGAAAGGUUCAAUUGAAUUUGCAUUUGUGCAGUGUCUUCGUCCAGCCUGUUUGUUUUCUGAGAAGUACCGCGAACCAAUAAACCAGCAGCGAAUUCUGUGACUAUGACCUUUCCCCAUCAACCACGAAGGCUACGGUUCUGCUCGCGGAGAGAUGGAUUGAGUUGUCUACCGGACCCAAUACUUGAAAAAAUUCUCUCAUAUCUUCCGACGAAAGAUGCAUUUGCUACAAGCAUCCUCUCAAAAAGGUGGAAACCACUGUGGCGAUCACAGCUCAUCCUCCCUUUAGACGAUAAAACUUUCCCAGAUGCUUUAGCCUUUCGACAAUUCUUAUACUCCGUCAUGGCAAUGCGAGACAACACUCUACCCAUCCUUUCACUCCACCUUAAUUGUUGUUACCGUUUCUACUCCAACAAAGAUUUCUACAAUUUACUUUAUGAGGCAAUCACACGAGGAGUUCAAAACCUCAGCAUCGAUCUCCCUCACUGCAGCAUAAGCAUAAUGACCACAUUGCCUACUUUCCUUCUAACUACCAACACCUUGUCAGUACUCAAAUUGAAGGGAGUAAAAGUAACAUUGAACGAGGAUGACCCAGACAUUCAUCUUCCAUCUCUUAAAGUCCUUCACUUGGAAUCUGUCGGUUUCACAUAUUAUCAAGAUAUUAUGAAACUUCUAUCUGGCUGUCCCAUUUUAGAGGAGUUGGAAGCAAAGGAUUUAAUAGUAUACACACUUUGUAAGGAGUUUCCAACAGAUACAGAUGUUCCAAGCCUAUCCAAUUUGGUCAGAGCUAACAUUUCCGAUCCUCAUAUUCAGUUUGAUUGGAUUCAUAACAUCCACCAUCUCCGCACACAACUGCGGGGGCCCUUUGGUUUUGAUACCAUGGUUCACAAUUUAAUCCAUCUCGAGCUUAUAUUCGACUUCAACUUUCGAUAUCUAUUCCGCUCGCAGCACAAGUGUAGGUGGCUGACAAAAAUUCUUAAAAAUUUUCCCAAGCUACAAACUCUUAUCAUUGAUGAGAUUAAUAAGGUUGAUACAGUUCACGAUUACUGUGAUGGAAAGUGGGAAGACCCAACAAUCAUUUCAGAAUGCCUUUUAUCUCAUCUUACAACAUGCUCACUUAGAAAUUACAGCCACUUAAGCUGCGAGCUUCAAUUUGCAAAAUAUAUAAUGAAGAACUCAAGAGUACUCAGUACCAUGACAAUUCAGUGUGCCAAAUUCCUAGAGACAAAUACAAAGCUCCAAAUGUCAAGGGAAUUAUCUUUGUACCCAAGGAUUUCAGGCGCAUGUAAAAUUUUAUGUAUUUGAAUGAUAAUAGCAACCUUAAGUUUGUAACAAACUU